AUGUCUAAACGAAACACAUAUGGAUCUAUUUGUGAAAUUAUGGCAGCCGCAGAGAUAUUUUCAUAUCGGUUUGAAGUGUAUCAAGGUGAUUGCAUUAUAGCUUCCGUUGGUGAAGCAAUUCGAGGUGUAAAAAGGUUACGUUCUACGGGGCAUGAUAAUAAUGGUCACUACGAUGUUUAUCUUUCGGUGCUUGCAUCAAAAAUUACAGUGCCUCAAACUCAAGAAAAUAUAUUAGCGGAAGUUUUACUACCUCAAUUAAUUCCUAACGUUGAAUUACAAAGUUCAAGUGAAUCAGUUAUUAAUGAUGUGAAUCCCCUUCAAUCAAAUGGGAGAAAAAAAAGGAGGAAAAGAGUCAACUAUACAAUUAGAAAGAGACAAUUGCGACAAGCCACUUUAAAUUACACUCAUCGUAAUCCUGAUGUACAUAGAAAGGCGACAAAAAAAUACGCUUCUAAUAACCCUCAUGUUAGUCGUGCAGCUACAACUAAGUACAACGAGAAACGAUUACAAAUUAAAUUAAUGUCUUGGACUUUGAAAGCUUUAUCUGGCCUUAGUUAUGAACCGAGUAUUGACUAUCAAAAUGAUAAAAUUGUAAAUCUUGGGCAUCGAUUACCCUGUUCUUGGUGUCGUGCUUUGAAAUGGAAGGAUGAGGCUGAAGGAAUGUGCUGUAGUGGUGAGGUAAAGGAGGGUAGUUUUAUGCCAACAUUUAAAGUGCAGGGACAAGUCUGCCAUAGGAUAGGAAGCCUUAUGGUAGAAAAUAAUCAACAACCAUCAUUUCUCCAAAUAUACUUUGUUGGUGAUGAUAAUCGUGAAAGAGAAAUUCGUUGUGGGAUCUGUCCUAGUAUUAAGCCAGAGUUAAUUCACCAACUUCAAAAUUUGCUUCAUGAACACCAUCAAUACAUUAAAGAUUUUAAGGUUGCUAUUGAAUCAGUUCCUAAGAAUCAGAAAGAGUUUCAGGUUAUAAUUAAUGCUGAUAAAAAGCCUCCGGGUGAACAUCGAGGUCGUUUCAAUGCUCAAAUGGCUAAAGAAGUAGCAGUUAUCAUCGCUGGACAAAAUUUUGAAAAGAAAGAUAUCAUCCUGAACAGCAGAGACGAUAAGUUAAAGCGAAUCAGUGAAAUCCAUCGCGCGUAUGAUACUUUACAAUAUCCUCUGAUGUUCUGUCGUGGAGAAGAUGGCUAUCACAUUAAUAUUCCUAAGCGUGAUGGAAAAACUAAGCGUCCUCUAAAUAAGACCGUGUCAGCUUCUGAGUUUUACAGUUAUAGAAUAAUGGAGCGUAAUGGAGAAGAAAAUCAUUUACUUUUAUUUCGCACUCUAUUAAAUCAAUUUUUGGUUGAUAUGUAUGCGAAAAUUGAAACUGAACGACUUAAUUGGAUUCGUAACCAUCAAACAAACUUACGAAGUGAAGAAUACGUUCACCUUAAAGACGCUUUAACGAAAACCGACGGUCAGAUAACAGAAAUAGGUAAAAUGGUUGUGCUGCCAUCUUCUUUUACUGGUGGGCCACGAUACAUGCAUGAACGAACUCAAGAUGAUAUGACUUAUGUACGUCAUUUCGGACGUCCAGACUUUUUUAUUACGUUCACUUGCAAUCCAAAAUGGAAAGAAAUUGAAGAGCUUUUAGUUCAAGGCCAAAAAUAUCACGAUAGACAUGACUUAAUAGUAAGAAUUUUUUACGUGAAAAUUAAGCAUAUGAUGAAUCUUCUGACAAAAGGUUGCAUUUUUGUCAAUAUGAAGUGUCAUAUGUAUACUGUGGAAUGGCAGAAACGUAGACUUCCUCACAUUCAUAUCCUUCUGUGGUUAGAAGAAAAGCUGAGACCAGAAUCUAUUGAUAAGGUAAUUAGUGCUGAACUGCCUAAUCAAGAUCAAGAUCAAGAACUGUAUGAAAAAAUAAAAACAAAUAUGAUUCACGGUCCAUGUGGUUCUUUUAAUAGAAAUUCUCCCCGUAUGGUGGAUGGUUCAUGCACGAAAAAAUAUCCAAAACAUUUUAUAAAGGAAACCCAAUUAGGAGAAGAUGGAUAUCCUAAAUAUCGUCGGCGAUCUCCUGAAGAUGGUGGAGUAACAACAAUAAUAAAUGGAAUUAAUAUAGACAAUCGAUGGGUGGUACCGUAUAACCCUGUCCUGUGUCGUACAUUCAAAGCUCAUAUAAAUGUUGAAGUUUGCAACUCAGUGAAAUCAAUUAAAUAUAUUUGUAAGUAUAUAAAUGAGGGAUCUGAUCAAGCAGCAUUCACUGUUGGAGAUCUUGAUGAAGUGACAAAGUAUGAAGCAGGACGAUACAUUAGCACUUCUGAGGCAGUUUCGCGAAUACUGAGUUUUCCUAUCCACGAGAGAUUCCCUCCAGUUAUGCAUCUUGCUGUACAUUUAGAAAAUGGUCAACGAGUUUUUUUUAAUGAAAAUAAUAUACUCAAUCAACAAUUCUAA